AUGGCGUGUUCAUUAACGAGGGAGAUAUUUUAUCAGAGUGAGGUCACAUCCAACCCUAUUUCUUCUCGUGAGUAUAAAAAGAGAAUCUAUCUAUCUAUCUAUCUAUCUAUCUCUCUCUCUCUCUCUCUCUCUCUCUCUCUCUCUCUCUCUCUCUCUCUCUCUCUCUCUCUCUCUCUUUUCGCGCUAGCCUGCGUGCCACAUCUAUCUUUCUUUCUUUUCCUUUUCUUUCAAUCUACCCAUUUUCUUUCUUUUUUCUUUCUUUCUUUCUACUCUACUUUCUACUUUGUUUCCAUCUUCUCCCCUUCUUUCUUUCUUACUUUCUAUUACCAUUCUUUUUCUUCUUUCUCCCCACUUUCUUCUUUUCUCUCUCCUCCCUUUCUUACUUUGUUUUUCAUCUCUUUUCUUUCUUUCUUUCUUCUCUUUCUUUCUUCUUUUCUAUUCCAUACUCCUUUUCUUUCUUUUUCUUCUUCUAUAUACUACUAUCCUUUUGACAAUUACGACUUUUUUAAUUCUCCAGAAGGAAAACCGGAUGUGACAGGAUGA